UGAGAGGUUUCCCUGCAUCCGGAGCUGUGCAGGGAGCAGCUGCCAUCGCCGAGCCCCGGGAAUGUCACCUCCCUCGCGUGGAGCCCCUACAGGGCCCCCUUUGGCUCCGGGUGGUUGGCGGUGGACGCCCCACUGGGCUUCUUAGCCACAGCCGCAUCCCCUGGCCCGGGUCUGCGGCCCCUUCCCACCCCCACCCCCCCAACCCCCUUAGUUCCCGGUGGUGGAGGCCCCGCAGCAGCAGAGAUGCAAGGCUGAGCCGGGAAGAUCUGCCUGCACUGCAAGUGCCCUCAGGAGGAGCAUAUGGUGACAGUGAUGCCCCUGGCGAUGGAGAAGACAGUCAGCAAACUCAUGUUUGACUUCCAGAGGAACUCCACCUCGGACGAUGACUCAGGCUGCGCCCUGGAGGAGUACGCCUGGGUCCCGCCGGGACUGAAGCCUGAACAGGUUCACCAGUACUAUAGCUGUCUCCCAGAAGAGAAAGUCCCCUAUGUCAACAGUCCUGGAGAGAAACUUCGAAUCAAGCAACUAUUACACCAGCUGCCACCGCAUGACAAUGAGGUUCGCUACUGCAACUCCCUGGAUGAGGAAGAGAAAAGGGAGCUGAAGCUCUUCAGCAACCAGAGGAAACGUGAAAACCUGGGCCGCGGCAAUGUGAGGCCCUUCCCGGUCACCAUGACGGGAGCCAUCUGUGAACAGUGUGGAGGCCAGAUCAAUGGCGGGGACAUCGCUGUGUUUGCAUCACGCGCUGGCCACGGUGUCAGCUGGCACCCACCCUGCUUUAUCUGCACUGUCUGCAACGAGCUCCUGGUGGAUUUGAUCUACUUUUACCAGGAUGGGAAGAUCUACUGUGGCAGGCACCACGCAGAGUGCCUGAAGCCGCGCUGCGCAGCCUGCGACGAGAUCAUCUUUGCGGACGAGUGCACAGAAGCCGAGGGGCGACACUGGCACAUGAAGCACUUCUGCUGCUUCGAGUGCGAGACGGUGCUGGGCGGCCAGCGCUACAUCAUGAAGGAGGGGAGGCCCUACUGCUGCCACUGCUUUGAGUCCUUGUAUGCGGAGUACUGCGACACCUGCGCCCAGCACAUAGGAAUUGACCAAGGCCAGAUGACCUAUGACGGCCAGCACUGGCACGCCACCGAGGCUUGUUUCUGCUGCGCUCAUUGCAAGAAGUCGCUGCUGGGGCGGCCCUUCCUACCCAGACAGGGCCAAAUCUUCUGCUCACGCGCCUGCAGCGCCGGCGAGGACCCCAACGGCUCAGACUCCUCCGACUCGGCCUUCCAGAACGCCCGGGCCAAAGAGUCCCGGCGCAGCGCCAAGAUCGGCAAGAACAAGGGCAAGACGGAGGAGCCGCUGCUCAACCAGCACAGCCAGCUGCAGGUGAGCUCCAACCGGCUGUCGGCCGACGUGGACCCCCUGUCGCUGCAGAUGGACCUGCUCAGCCUGUCCAGCCAGACGCCCAGCCUCAACCGGGACCCCAUCUGGAGGAGCCGGGACGAGCCAUACCACUACGGGAACAAGCUGGAGCAGAGCCAGCCACAGAGCCCCUUGCAGCUGCUCAGCCAGUGCAACAUCAGAACUUCCUACAGCCCCGGCGGGCAGGGGGCUGGAGCCCAGCCCGACGUGUGGGCCAAGCACUUCGGCAACCCAAAAAGGAGCUCGUCGCUGGCCAUGAAGGGCCACGGUGGCAGCUUCAUCAAGGAGUGCCGGGAGGACUACUACCCGGGCAGGCUGCGGUCCCAGGAGAGCUACAGCGACAUGUCCAGCCAGAGCUUCAGCGAAACCCGGGGCAGCAUCCCGGUCCCCAAGUACGAGGAAGAGGAGGAGGAGGAAGGGGGCAUGUCCGUUCAGCAGUGUCGGACCCGGCACCCCAUCAGCUCGCUGAAGUACACUGAGGACAUGACGCCCACCGAGCAGACCCCGCGGGGCUCCAUGGAGUCGCUGGCGUUGUCUAACGCAACAGGCCUCUCCGCGGAUGGUGGCGCCAAGCGCCAGGAGCACCUCUCCCGGUUUUCCAUGCCCGAUCUCAGCAAAGACUCUGGGAUGAAUGUGUCCGAGAAGCUGAGCAACAUGGGCACGCUGAACUCGUCCAUGCAGUUCCGCAGCGCCGAGUCAGUUCGCAGCCUGCUGUCCGCCCAGCAGUACCAGGAGAUGGAGGGCAACCUCCACCCGCUCAGCACCCCGAUCAGGUACAGAGACCUGCAGGCGCACGGAAGGAUGCAUCAGAGCUUUGAUUUCGAUGGGGGGAUGGCGGGCAGCAAGCUGCCGGGGGCGGAGGGCGUGAGGAUCCAGCCCAUGAGCGAGCGCACGCGGAGGAGAGCCACUUCGCGAGACGACAACCGCCGCUUCCGGCCCCACCGGUCCCGGCGAUCCCGACGCUCUCGCUCUGACAACGCCCUCCACCUGGCCGGCGAGCGCGAGGCCCUCUCUCAGUUAAAGGAGAGACCCCCCCUCAGAGCCAGGGAGGACUAUGAUCAGUUCGUGCGCCAGCGGAGCUUCCAGGAGAGCCUGGGCCAGGGGUCUCGGCGGGACCUGUAUGGCCGGUGCCCCCGGACCGUGUCGGACCUGGCUUUGCAGAACGCCUUUGGGGAGCGCUGGGGCCCCUAUUUCGCCGAGUACGAUUGGUGUUCCACCUGCUCCUCCUCCUCCGAGUCUGACAACGAGGGCUAUUUCCUAGGAGAACCCAUCCCCCAGCCCGCCCACCUGCGAUAUGUCACCAGUGAUGAGUUACUGCACAAAUACAGCUCCUACGGCCUCCCCAAGUCUUCCACGCUAGGUGGCAGGGGACAGUUGCACAGCAGGAAAAGACAGAAGAGCAAAAACUGUAUCAUUUCUUAAUCCGAUGGGGGUUCAGGGAGUGGGGGAAGAUGGGAACUAAGAAUGUAGAUUCAGAAACUUGCACUGUUGGAAAUUUUAAAGCGCUUUGGGGGUGGGGGGUUCCAGGGAGAGAUGAGAGGAGCUCUCCCUUGAUGGAGGCAAGGUUACCUAUUGACUCCAUAGGUAGUCACAGUUCUUGGCAUGUUGAACAUUAUUUGCACAUUUCACUUUGGAAACGCUGUAGACUCAACAGAGGCCAGGGUUGGUCACCUCCUUCUCCAACCGUUUGUGUUGAGUUGCCACUGGCAAGAUGGCAAAAUUGUUUCCUGCUCGCUUAUAUAUAUAUACAUACACACACACACAUUAUAUAUAUAUAUAUAUAUAUAUACAUAUAUAUAUAUAGCCUCUCUGGUUUUCUUCCUUUUAGGACCCUUUUUCCAGUAAGUAAUUUGUUUAUUAGCCAGGACCCCACACUAAGUUAUUUACAUGUCCAUUGUAAAUGCAAUGUAAAUGAGAGUUCUGAUAAAAUAUUUUUGUAUUUUGUAAUAUCAAAGGAAUUUCUAUAUCGUAGGACUCAGUGGAGCCUUGCAUGCACGUCUAGCAUUGUCUUUUGAGUAGUAUUACAAGGUGGUCCACGACCACUUUUUUUUUUUUCUUUUUUUCUAUACAAAUUUGUUACAUGUCAGUGAGACCUUUUUCAAAGAAUUUUAUUCAAUUUGGCUUUUUGUGGCUAAAAAAAAAAAAAAAAAAAACCAAAUUACCUGUUACACCCAAAGCAUUUGAUGCUCCAUCCAUCUUAAGGAGCCAUCCUUAAGUCUGUUCCCACCCUCAGUAGAAUCUCUUCUCUACAAAGUGAUAGCAAUUUUUUUUUUUAAUUUAUAAUUGCCAAUGUAACUUCUGCCAAUUAGAAAAACCAACCAGUGUCAGUAGAGUUCUGUGAGAAAUGCCAUCCCCGCUGGAAACAUUGACGUUGCUCACAUUGACCUGUCCUGUGGGGAAAACAAAAGUGACUGUGAGUGGUGCUGUUGUGUGACGUCAGCAUGACAUUGUUUUGAGUGUGGCUUUAUUUCCUGGUGCUCGUUUCCUGGAUUGUGUUAUCCGCUUUCCUUUACCAAGGCAGACAGAACAGCUGCCGUAGCCUGACAACCGGUUGUCCUCAGCGCAAAUGAACUUUGGCUUUGGGAAAUUCAGGCCAGAAAGGUUCCGAGGGGCUCUGGGAGUGACGGUGCUUUCUAGGUUGUAGGUCAUAUGUGGAGAUGGAGGGCCGCUUCCACCCGCUCAGCACUCAUGUCAGGGACACAGACCUGCAGGCAUGGAAGGAUGCAUCAAAGCUUUGACUUCGAGGGGAUGGGAGGCAGCAAACUGCCAGGGCUGAAGGGCACGAGAAUCCCCGCCCACAGGUCAAGGGUAGAGGCUGGAGGGGAAUAUGAAGGAAAGUCAGAGCAGAGAAGAACUUCCAGAAAUGAAGUAUAGGAGAGGUGAGAACCACCUUUGAACACCCCCCGGUGCUGGUGGGAAAAACAAAACAAAACCCAGUUUAACUCAUUCUCUAAUCAGAGUAUCUGGGUUGCCCAGAAAGAUUGAGCCGCUCAGGAGAUUUUGUGCUAUGGUUCUGGAAAACAGACGUUGCUGAAAGAGAGGUUUCCAUUUUGAAUUUUGGGGACCGUCAAUCAGAUAGAAAAUGAGCUCACAAGUGAGUGUGCUUAAAGAAGACAUUUAACGGUUGUGUUGUUUAUAGUAAAAUAAAACCUCCUACCUAGCUUCGGUUAAAAGUGAAGCGCUUGCUUUUACUUCCAUUCUCCUCCUUCCCUUCAUGGAUUGUGGAUGAAAUAAUCCAUUGGGGGACCCACCUGUAGUGAGAUGUACUGUCAAUGUAGUGUACAGUGUAUCUCAGUGGCCAUCUGCCAUGGUGAGGUGAGCGUGGUCUCUUUUCAGUAUAGUAGUUAAUAUUUUCUAGUGUUUUUUUAUGCAGAGGAUGUGGAAAGUGGCUUUUUAGACACCAUCCCACAUGGGUCUGGGGAAGGAAGGCUGUAAAGGAUGUGGAAGUGGCACUCCAUUCAGGAUGUAUUAAAAUAAUUUGCUUUUCAGGUAUUUAUAUGACAUUUGUCAUUGUCACUGAUGUUUUUGAAAAAGCGAUGCAAAUGUUGGUUGUGGCUGUUUUCCGCAUGCUUUCUUCAUAUCUAAAUGCUUCAUUAAUUAUCCAAGCCUCUGGAGAAUUAACUCUAUUAAGUUUGUAUAGUGAGUUUGUAAACUGCUUGGCAAACUGAUAAAAGACAUAAUGUAUACCACCACGGUACCAACGUGGCAGGUUUCUGGUAGAAACCGGGCGAGUCCAAUUUGGAGUUCUAAGUUUCUGGAUUGAUGAGAAUAGAAAGGCAUUUUGGAAAAAGAAGAGAGAGAAAAAGUAGAUCAUUUAACUUAGCAAAUAACUGAAAAUAAUGUCUGUCUUCCGUGGCCUGGAAUCCGAGGAAAGAAAUUCUCCUAGUAAACGUUGUUUUCUUAAUCUGUCCUUUUUAGAGUACCUCUUAACAUUUCCCCAGUGAGGCUUUGACCACCAUCCGCAGAAAGAAGAAAGUGCCCUAGACACGGACAACUAAGUAGUAUGCAAAGGGAUGAGAGGAAUAAGCAGUUUCCGAUCUAGCUGCCCAGGGAGCAUCCAUCAACUCAAUUAGUCAGAGCUGGAGGUGUGGUGAGAUACGAGUCUCGGGGUCAGACAGUGUAAAAAGCAAGAUCACCUCCAUCUUGUCCACCACUGCAGACGCCGCCUCCCCGCCCCAGAUGCAACCAGGCGUCCCAUGGAGAUUGCUGGUAGAGGCCAGGUAAAUCAUCAUCAUCGCGAGGAUAGAACCUUCAAGGGAAUGCCCGAGAGAGAGCAGGUCAUCACUGUGUUGGGAAUUCUGCCUCUUAGUGAUAACUUAACACGUAACAUCCCAGAAUCCCAUUCCCUAAAAUUCAGCGCAUUCCUUUCUGAGGCUGGAUCGGAUCCUUACCUGAUCAUCACCAGGAGCUCUUACUUAGUCAAGCUUUCCUCCACGGCUGGGGCUUGCAGUCAUCUCUUCUUCGAUCAUCAUUUCAUCUUUAAUAGACUGUUUUUAGAAAACUAUAUCUUUUCCCUCUUUAUUUUCUUCUCUCAUGCUUUGGUUUGGUUUUUCUUCCUACCUCUCCUCAUAUUGAUCUUCUUAUCUUUUGGAUAAAACCACACUUUAGCAUUCAUUUCGUUUCCUGUUGCUACUCAGUUCAUUGGCAACAAAACUGGCCCUUUCCCAAGUCAGAAGUCAGUGACAGUUUUCUGAAUGGCCCUGCCAAUGCAUAUCAACCUUGAUAGUAUGAGCAAGUUUCUUAGCAGGCUGGUGGCAUUCAGGUAGCCUUCCAUCUGUCAUAGAGUUCUGGGAUUUCUACCAAGUAUGAAGGUAAGUGAGGUCAGGGAAACCAAAAACAUACUUCUCAGUUUUUGCCAAUGUUCAAGGGUAGGGGUAGUUUUUAGAGUUGGUUGUUUGACCCCAUCCACCUUAGUCACCUUCUGUCCACCCUCUGCCAGCCCCACAAACAAGCAGUUUGUCAUUUCUCAUUGGGAACUGUGGGUAGCUCUUUUUCUUCCCCUUGUCCCAUUCUAUAGGAUGUUUCUUCAAUACAACAAGAUCAUAUUUUCCUCUUCUGCAACAGCUUUCUGCUUCUUGGGUACCACUAGCCAUUGUUGAGUUCAGGUGGGGGUGUCUCUACCCUAACUAUACUGUGGGCAGAUAGAACUAGAUAGAACCCUUCAGAGAGCAUGGAUGCAGCCUCAGAAAUCUUUGCAACACUCUAGCCAGCCAGGACCAGUUGAUCCGAACUGAUUCCAUUUGUCUGAUAACAAAUCUUACUUGUGAACUGACUCUUCCUUGUGUUUCUACCCUGGACUCUUGCCAUUUUCCCAAAACAGUUCACCAGCUAUUCAGGAAGUAUCAUCCAUAAAUCACUGUGCGAUGCCAAUCCCUGUUCCCCUGUAUUGCAGAUGCUAAAGGAGGCUGACUUCUUUAGGCUAAACAGAAACAAAUCUCAUUGGCCUCCUUUUCCAUUUUUGGAUUCUUGGCCAGUUAUAAGCAAUCUGUGUUUGCCAUUUUGCAGAGGUAAGAUAAGAGUCUGUCCCAUUCUUUUCUAGUCCCACCUUCUAACAAAGAACAACACAAAUACUUAAAUUCCAAGGAGAAGUGCUCUUUGCAUAUUUCUCUCUAACAGAAACCAGAUGCUAAUGCAUAAGAAGGAGGAUCUAUGUUUGACAAAGAAAAGUGGACAAUGAAAUCAGUCAUCUGAGGAUUUCAUGCCAGAAGGGUUGCUAUCAGCAACUGUUUAGCACCUUCAGGGCUUUGAAAAGGACUCUGCGGACAGCAUUCCAGGUACAGAACUCAGCCAAGCCUCCUCUGCCAAUCUUGAAGGCAGUUCCAGAUUGCUGCCUUUUGAGGUAUGUUUCUUUAAAGCAUGAGAGACAUGGAAAUGAGAGUUUUGUCUUGCCUCCAGUGGUCAGUCCCUUUGGGGCCUCAGCUGACACCAGAGCCUGUUUGUCUGACCACUCGGAAGCAGUCAUCAAGGUUAGAGUUAAAAAGGAUUGCGGUCUCUUUCCAUUUUCUCAAAAUAGAAGUCCCUUCAAUGCAAGACUCCCAGAAAGUGUGACUUACUGUUGGGGGCUGUAUUAGUUUGUAAGCUUACUUCCUGCUUAUAGCUUUCCCCAAACUAGCUUUUCCCAACAGGUAUCUAACAUUGUGUUAGAAAUUACUUCUGUGGUUUAGAUACAGAAUCCAUGAGGGGGUGGGGGGAGUGUCUUAUUCUAUCCUGAGAGUUUUGAGAUGUCCCUCACCCUACCGAGUAUUUGGCCAUUGAUGUUCCAUAGGUCGCUGACCAGGCCUUUUUAAAUUUUUCAGAGAGAGUUACUCAAGCCUUUCUAGUUAAUUUCCAUGUUUCUCCAUAAAGUAUUUGGUUCUAUCCUGGACCCUGACUUCGCAUUCUAAGGCCUGUGGGUCCUCCUUUUUCCCUAGCAGAUGAGGACCUCGGCAGUUCUCCUGCUCCUAAACGCAUUCUUUCCUGUACAGGAUCAUUUUCUCCAUCUUCUGCUUUAAUUCCAAGCUUGUAAACAAAACCUCAAAGGGCCUGAGAAGGUAAGGCACACCAGAGUCUGUGUUGUGUGUCGGGUGUCGAGCUAUUUGUUAAGAAGGUCUGCAGUGGACCUUUGGUGUGGGCUCUGCCAGAGACUGUUGUGAACACUUUGCUUGAGAUCCGUGCCCUGUGAAAUGGAUAUGAUGUUUUACUGAUGUCUGUAAUACAUUUGUAAACUUCCAAUAAAAUUUGAAUAAAAGAAA